GAAACGUAGGUAAACCGGUGUGACGCAUUCUACACCAAACCUCGCUGAUUUUCACAAAGACAUUACUGAACUUUCUCAGACAUACCAGUUGCAUAUUUUCAACAAGCAAGAAGGAAGCACAGUGCCGGGAGACUGCCAUGCACUGCAAAUUCAUGCUGACGACAUUUCUGGACAUUCACAGCUGGAGAGAAGUAUAGCUUUUUAGCUUCCAGAAAGAUUAUUGCAACUGCCAAUGUUUUGUAAACACGAAACAUUUGAUAUGGCCAGGACUGUAAGCCAAAUCUAACCCUAAUCUACAGCACUGGAAUGUCAGAUUUUUGCUGGAAGAACUAUAAAUCAUGUUGUGGAAAGGGUUUACGUUUUUGUUUUGACAAGCGCACAGCUUGAAUAGAGCUUUACCUGCCAAAAGGAAGCAAGAUAAGAGGGGUUUUUAUUGAGGCUAUAAUCAAGGCACUCCUGGAGUGGGCAAGAAAAACCAGGGGAUUUGCUCUUACAAAAGACUUCUGUUUUCUCGACCAAAUGAAACCGGCUCUCUGUGACACUGACUGGAUACACAGGAGUGAUUUAACAGUUGUAUUUUAAGUGGAUUGGAGAAAGCUGAUAAAUUCUUAUCAUGGAGGAGAACAAUUCGUCUGGGUCACUACUCCAUAAGUUAUUAGCCUCUCCUAGGUUUGUGAGGAGAGAAUCUCAGAAACAAGCAGGGGAGAGUGCAGUGCUUAAAUCGUUCCGGACAUUGCCUGAGGAAGAGUCAUAUCCACACCCUAUGAACCAUGGUGAUAUUAAUAACAGCUGUGUUAGUGUUGGCCCUCCAAGUGCAGAAAUUAAAAAUGAUGUUGGAUCGGAGCAAACAGUUGAACAGUUGAAUACUGAGUCCUAUAAGGGGGAUGUUCUGCAGAGCUCUCUCUUUUCCAGUUGGCGAAGGACUUUGUCUUCUUCCUUUACUGCUUUAGCAGAUUCAGAUGUGGUUCAGGUCACCAGAGUGGAGACCUACAGUGACAAUGAAAUUGAAGAGGAAGAUGGAGGUAGUGUCCUGCCUCAUAAACAGAAAGUCACUGAGAAUUCCUCAUCUCUUGACCAGAAUGAAGAGACUGUAAAACAGAACUGGGAUCUGCAUCAUCAUCAGAGGGAGAGUAAUGUGUCUAAUACAGACUCAACACUACCUGUCCUCACUGAUAGAAGUGUUUUGGAGUUGACAAGAGUAGACGGCAUAUCUAUUCCGAACAGGACAUGGUCUAAUGAUAGUUCUGACAGGCAGCAGGACUUCUCUCCACACUCAGUAAAUAAUUUUGAACAGGAGAUUACAUCUAAAGGCCUUCUGAGGGAUUCUUAUCUAAACAGUGGAGGAGACACCAUUGUAGAUACGGGUUUAGAUGUGCCAGCUGCCAAGGAUCCCAUAUUGAGGGAACACACCCAUUCAGGUGUCUCUGGAGAUUUCAGUGGUGAUGGACAAACAGUUUCUCCAUACACGACUGAAGUCUCUCUUCAUGUUUCUCCAUACAGGACUGAGGACUCCCUUCACGUUUCUCCAUACACAAGUGAGGACUCUCUUCAGCGUCCUGAAGAGUUCAGGCCUUCAGACUGUGGGUCUCCCCUUAAGCUAUCUACAGAGUCUCAACCCACACCAGCACCAGAUGGAAAUGCUUUGGACUCCUCGUUGCUUUCAGAAAAGCACAUUUCUCAUCAAGAAGAGAGUUGGGAAACAGCUACCCAAAAAAUGAGUUUCACCAGUUCAGAGUCCCACAAUUCUAUCGCCGUCACCUCUCCAAGUUCAGCUCUCCAGCCGGGAAGCAGCAUGACAAAGGACCCUUUAUGGAUGGAUCAGAAAGAGUCCUUAAAUGAUUCUGUGACAAGUGCCACAACUCCUUCACAAGAUAUCAAAGAGGCCAUGCCUGCCACCCAGGGGACCACCUCAAACCCAUCCUCAACUAUCUCUCCCAAAUCGCUCUUUUCAUCACCCAGGGAAUCAUUCCAGUUGCCAGCCCUGUUCAGUGGUUUACGGGUACUAAAGAAAGGUGCUGUGGGAGAGGAUAGAGAGACCGUGUCUGAGAUCAAGCAAAAAGAUACAGACAGGGCACUGCUGAGCCUGAAACAGCAUGUCAACAAGGCCAAAUUGAUACAGCAUGAGGCCAGUACCUCCACACACAAAAAGGGAGCUGAUCCCAAAGAUGAGUCCAAGAAUCAGUGGCGGCGAAUGUUAAAUUUUGAUGACGUCCGCAAUGAGGGCCUAGAAAAAAGGCCAAAGGACAUCGAAGGCCUCAAUACAGGAGAGAAAGGGUUAGCAAAAGAUACGACAGGUGAUUCUUUCAAGUUUUUGUCCAGUUUUAAAUCCCUUAUAGGGGACACUGGAGAUGUUUCUGUGGACCUAGAGGCUGUCAAGAAGAAAAGAAAAAAUGAAAGAGAGUUACUGAAGUCCAUCUUUGAGAAAACUCCAAUCAAAUCAGCUAGCAUUGACAAGAGUCCAGGAGAAGUCAAAACUGAGGUCUCCUCUCCAGCAGACAGUGAGGACAGGACGCCUGGGAGACUUCAAGCAAUAUGGCCACCACCCAAGCCUAAAGAUGAAGAGGAAAAAGUGGGACUCCGUUACACUGAAGCAGAGCACCAGGCUGCUCUUCUGCAACUGAAGAGAGAAUGUAAAGAGGAAGUGGAAAAACUGCAGGCUGAUUUCGAGCUCAAGAUCUUCCACCUGCGUGGAGAGCAUGCAGUGGCUGUUUCCCGACUGCAAGAAACCAUUGCUGAAAUUCAGCAGGAGCGAGGCUAUUCACAGGGCAAGACAAAAGUGCGCGAUGCCUGUGUGUCCACUGAAGACGACGCGGUCCUCAAAACCUAUCGCAAUGUUUGCAUCCAGACUGACCGGGAAACUUUUAUUAAGACGCCAGAAAGUGAGAGUGCCAAGCCUGUUCAAAGUCUGCCCCGAAAACUCGACCUUGAUUCCAUCACCCAGAAUCUAGGCAUGGUACCUGGAGCUCCACCUCCACCACCUCCCCCUCUGCCUGGCCAACCGCGUGUCUCACCAGCUUCAGGUCCACCACCACCACCACCGCUACCUGGAUCAGUGCCACCACCCCCUCCACCUCCUUUACCUGGAGCCGGAGCUGCACCACCUCCACCUCCACCCCUCCCUGGAGUUGGGCCUCCUCCCCCUCCUCCUCCACCUGGUAUGCCUGGAGUUCCGCCCCCACCUCCACCCAUUCCUGGGUUUGGCCCCCCACCUCCUCUGCCCACCUUUGGGUUGGCAGUGGAAAAACCUCCACGCAAACCAGCAGUAGAACCAACAUGUCCCAUGAAGCCACUCUACUGGACUCGGAUUCAGAUUCAAGACGACAAUAAUAACACGCUGUGGGGUUGUCUGGAAGAGCCAGAUAUCGUUGACACGAAGGAGUUUGAAGAGCUUUUCUCCAAAGCCACACUACAGCCAAAGAAGAAGCCUCUUUCCGACACAUAUGAGGAGAAGCCCAAAUCCAAGAAGAUAAUCAAGUUAUUAGAUGGGAAACGUUCUCAAGCAGUGGGGAUCCUAAUAUCCAGCCUUCAUCUGGAGAUGAAGGACAUUCAGCAAGCUGUUCUUACUGUGGACAACUCUAUAGUGGAUUUGGAGACGAUUGAGGCUUUAUAUGAGAAUAGAGCACAGAAUGAUGAACUGGAGAAGAUCAAAAAACAUUACGAGAACUCAAAAGAGGAUGAAGUCAAACUUUUGGAUAAGCCUGAACAAUUCCUGUAUGAGCUGGCCCAGAUUCCGGAUUUUGCUGGCCGAGCUCACUGCAUCAUAUUCCAGGCUGUGUUUCUAGACUCCAUAACGUCCAUCCAUGGUAAAGUGGAGAUCAUCUCCACAGUGUGUAAGGGUCUCUUGGAAAGCAGCAGUGUUAAAGAAGUGAUAGGUCUUGUCCUGGCCUUUGGGAACUAUAUGAAUGGCGGGAACAGGACCAGAGGGCAGGCUGACGGCUUUGGCUUAGAAAUUCUUCCCAAGCUGAAGGAUGUCAAGAGCAGGGACAAUCGCAUCAGUCUGGUGGAUUAUGUGGUGUCAUACUACCUACGAAACCUAGAUAAGGAUGCAGGGACGGAUAAGAGUAUUUUCCCACUGCCCGAGCCUCAGGAUUUCUUCCUCGCCGCUCAAGUCAAGUUUGAUGACAUCUUGAAAGACAUGCGAAAGCUAAAGAGGGAUCUCACAGCCUGUGAAAAAGACGUACAAAAUGUGUGUGCCAACUCCUCAGAGGAACACCUCCAUCCAUUCAAAGACAAAAUGGACACUUUUCUCACCACAGCAAAAGCAAAGUAUGCGGCUGAAGAUGACCGCCUCAACGCUGCCCAGAAAAGCUUCCAGAAAAUGGUCACCUACUUUGGGGUCAAGCCCAAAUCUGGAGAGAAGGAGGUUUCACCUGACUAUGUUUUCUUACUAUGGUUUGAGUUCUGCAAUGAUUUCAAGAGCGUAUGGAAACGUGAGAGUAAGAACAUCUCCCAGGAAAGACUUAAGGAAGCUCAGCUGAAUGUUCAAAAGAUCACAGCUGAGAAGAAAGUGGAGACAAAAAAGGUCAAUGCCAACAGUCUGAAGGAGAGGCUGAGGCAGAAGGAGGCGAAUGUGUCCUCCAGCUGAAGAUAAAAGAAGGUACAGACUGAUAAAGCAUCAUUUUUACCACCUUUAAGAGGGACUGUUUGCACAGGAGCGUGGCAUUCUGGCAUUCAUGAUAUUCUGCUACACUGUACUUUAACAUAGUGGCCACAACAAUAGCAGAGAUCUGUGUUUUCCUCUUUUUGUGGACAUGCAAGUGAAAUCAAUGCAAUGCAAGUUGUGGGACUCAUCAGGAAAUGACCCAUCUCCAUCUCCAUCUCCACAUGAACGACAGAGACGUCUUCAGUGUUGAUUCCCGACUUCUGUCUCUUGUAAAAGUGCUUCUGUUUGGGAAAGGCUCCAUCAUUCUAAUUAUAGCAAAUUUCAGCUUCAUUUAAAGCUUUUACAAAGUAAAUCUCCAAAAAAAAGUAAAGAUAUUCAGGUGAGUUGUCUGCAUUCACUCAAAAAAACGGGCAUUGAUAAAACAAACAGACCUUUAACAGCCAUCUUGUAAGGCUUAAUGAGUUAAACGUGAAGAGAGAGAGAGAGAGAGAGAGAGAGAGAGAGCUACUGGUUUGCCUAUUAAGGCUUUUUAUAAACUUCUAGGUCAUAAGGCUUUUUCCUCCUUUUAUUUAUUUUCUAUAGAAAAUAUACACUGGUGCAGACAGAAUGGCAGACUGCCAGAUCUCGUCAGUCAGUUAAGACCUCACUUACACACCUCAAGUUACCAAUAAAAACCCGAGUUAGAGGAGAGAUAAAACUCCUGCAUCAGUCAGAGUGGUUUUAAAGUUUUCAUCUCAUCUUCAUGAGUAAUGUGGUUUUAACUGUACAACUACCUACUCAGUCUCAUAGGUGUAGGUUUAUCGCAGUCACGUGCACUUUCCUGCAACAGCAGCCCCUUCCUUUUUGACCAGAUUGUGUCUUUUACCUCCUUUGCAAUGUCUCAUGCACCUCAGUUGUAGUUUCUAUGCAAUCUCCUUUCUGAACAGCACUUGUGAGAGCCACAGUGUCCAUGUACAAUAGAAUAUAUUUAUUUUCAUAGAAUUUUGCUGAAGCUAAUAUUCUUUAAAUGAUGUGUUGAAAAGUGAACAAAUUAGUGAGCCUGUCCUGAAGACAGAUAUACACAUAUAUAUUUAUAACUUCUAAUUCUUUUGUGCCUCAAGUAAAUUACUCAUUACCAAAUUACUCAUGAUUUCAUCUUCUUGCGUAGUCUGUAAUAAUAAAUUAAGUGUCUUGGACAAGAGACCGGGUCGAAUGGACAUAAAUGGUCAUUUCUUAAUAAGCUUACAGUUUGUUCCUAUUUAUUCAUUCCAAAUAUGUGGUGUGUGUAGCAGCAUUGUCUAAACGUCAGGAAUCAUGGCCUUCUUCUCUUUGCUGUUUUUGUCCUGUCUGUUUUUCUGUUCCCAUAAACUUCACUCAAUGCUAUUUGUUAAGUUGUUCUUUCAGCAGUCUGUUCAUAUGCAUAAAACUGAACCCAGUGACCUCGGGGAAAAUCAGGACAUGACCACCGUUAGCUCUCACGUACCAAAUGUUUCCUCUCACUUCACACCAUCCAACACCAAAGUCAUGCAUUAAAUCUGAAACAUAUUUGUGGCACUCAUGUUUUUUUGCAUUUGCUGUAUAUUAUUUCAGGGGGGAAAUGAUUCUGAACAAUGGGAAAUGGGAAAUGUUUCUCACUAAAUGCCACUUUAUAUUGUCUGAUAUAUUUUAAGUACAUUACACACGUGGCAUAAAGGCACUACUACGAGAAUUAAGGCCCUACAAUGCAAGCAUAUUUAAGUAUAUUUGUAACAUCUUUUAAAGCCACAUUACAGCCUGUAAGUAAGUGACAAGAAAUGCUUCUUUUUCAGGAAAAUAUGUUCUGUGUUAUUUUCUUUCUAUCCAUGAAAACAACAGUGAUUGUAGUCCAUGGACUAUUUGUGUUUCAGAUUAAUAUAAGCUGCAUACAAUUAUAAACAUUUUACAUCUAGUAAAAUCCAGGCUGGACAAGUAAAGAUUCACUGCCCAGAAAGAGACUCAAAUAAAUUUAUUUCACUUUUUAUUAAUACAUUAACUCAACAGGCCUACAGU